AUGGCAGCUCCCACUCCAGAUAUCACCCUCUAUACCUCACAAACUCCCAAUGGAAUUAAAAUUUCAAUUGCCUUGGAAGAACUAGGCCUCCCUUAUAAAGUUGAAGCCAUCGAGCUUAGCACAAACGCCCAAAAGGAACCCUGGUUCCUCGAAAUAAACCCCAACGGCCGCAUUCCAGCCAUCACAGACACAUUUACCGACGGCAAGAAAAUAGCCAUUUUUGAAUCUGGAAGUAUCCUAGAGUACCUAGUUGAUCGAUAUGAUACGGAACAUAAGAUCUCUUAUCCCAAGGGAACCAGGGAAGCAUACGAAGUGAGCAGCUGGUUAUUCUUCCAGAAUGCGGGCCUCGGCCCAAUGCAAGGUCAAGCAAACCACUUCACGCGUUACGCUCCCGAGCGCAUUGAAUAUGGCGUCAACCGAUACCAGAACGAAACCCGUCGUCUCUACGGAGUCCUAGACAAACAACUUUCCCAGUCUAAAUCUGGCUACUUGGUUGGAGAUCACAUUACCAUCGCUGAUAUCUCGCACUGGGGAUGGGUGGCCAGUGCUGGAUGGGCUGGGAUUGAGAUUAAUGACUUCCCACACGUGAAGGCAUGGGAGGAGAGGAUGUUAAAGAGGGAGGCUGUCGAGAAGGGUCGACAUGUUCCUAAGCCUCAUACCAUUAAGGAGCUGAUGAAGGAUAAGGAGGCGAUAGAGAGAGAAGCAGCUAAGAGCAGACAGUGGGUUCAGGCAGUGUCAGCAAUCAUCAUGGCGUGGCGUAAUCAAGGUAUUACCGGAUCUAACAAUAUUCCACUUGGCCGCCGCAGGUUCGGUGAUGAAUCAGGAGACGAUGGGAGCUCUGCAUCAACUCCGGCUCCCAUGGAUGCUGGAAGCAAGCGAGGCAGGAGUCCAGUGAGAGCUGAACCUCCUGUCGAUGGGAUCAAAAAACGAAAGAAGCGUAAUCGCUGGGGUGAUGCCCAAGAGAACAAGGCUGCUGGCCUGAUGGGUCUUCCGACUCUUAUCAUGGCGAAUAUGACGAACGAACAGCUCGAAGCUUACACUCUCCAUCUACGUAUUGAAGAGAUCAGCCAGAAGCUUCGUAUCAACGAUGUUGUCCCCGCUGAUGGAGAUAGGUCUCCCUCACCGGCACCCCAAUACGAUAACCUUGGUAAACGUGUAAACACCAGAGAGAACCGUUACCGCAAACGCUUGGAAGAUGAACGCCAUAAGCUUAUUGAAAAAGCUGUCAAAGUUAUCCCUAACUAUCAUCCACCAUCUGACUACAGGCGUCCGACCAAGACCCAGGAGAAGGUCUACGUCCCUGUUAAUGACUAUCCAGAGAUUAACUUCAUUGGCUUACUUAUCGGGCCUCGUGGCAACACCCUAAAGAAAAUGGAGACAGAAUCCGGAGCAAAAAUUGCCAUUCGCGGAAAAGGCUCCGUCAAGGAAGGAAAAGGACGAUCUGACGCCGCUCACUCUAGCAACCAGGAAGAAGAUCUUCAUUGUCUAAUUAUGGCAGAUACGGAAGAUAAGGUAAACAAGGCGAAGAAGCUUAUUCACAACGUUAUCGAAACGGCGGCUUCCAUUCCUGAAGGGCAAAACGAACUGAAGAGGAACCAAUUGCGUGAGCUCGCUGCCCUCAACGGAACCCUACGUGACGACGAGAACCAAGCUUGUCAAAAUUGUGGUCAAAUUGGUCAUCGCAAAUACGAUUGCCCAGAACAACGCAACUUCACUGCGAACAUCAUCUGUCGCGUUUGUGGAAAUGCAGGGCACAUGGCCAAAGAUUGUCCAGACCGUCAACGUGGUACCGAUUGGCGUAACCAUGGACCCAGUGUUCGUGGUAAAGCCGUUGGGGGUGGAGAUGCAGUUGACCGAGAGAUGGAGCAACUUAUGCAAGAACUCUCUGGUAAUGCUCCUCUGCCUAAUGGCGAAGCGCCACGACGCAUCGAAGGCGGCGCCGGAGGCUACGGCCAGGGUAACAACUACGGCGGUGAUGACGCAAAACCAUGGCAACAGCGCGAGCCUGCCAGCAACACCCCUCCAUGGCAGCGACGAGAGGAGAGAUCUCGCGACGACCAUGGACAUCAGGAUCAAAAUGCGCCACCACCGUGGGCAGCUGGUGGCCGUGGGGAUAGAGGUGAUCGAGACAACCGUGACCAUCACGGCUAUCAUGGCCGUGACUCCUAUAACCCUGCCCCUCCCGCCGGCGGCCCUCCACCUUGGCAACAGGCCGCACCCCAAGCACCACCGAUGGGACAGCCUGCUUAUGGUUAUGGCGGAUAUCAAUUCCCGCCAAAUCAGGCCAUGGGUGCACCUCCUGGGUUGAGUGGUAUCCCACCUCCACCACCUGGAAUGGGAUCUAUGUUCGCUGGAUACCCCGGUGCUCCACCACCUCCUCCACCGCCAGCCGAUGGCCCACCCCCUCCUCCUCCAAGUGAACAGCCUCCACCGCCGCCCCCGCCGUCGGCGUGA